UUAAAGUGCCAAAUGCCCAGAUUAGAGGACCACUGUUGGAGCUGCUCCUGUGCAUCAAGUGUUGAGACUAAACACUCAUCCGGAGCUCACUGGUUAGCAUCCAAAGCUGAAGAAAUGAUGUCCAUAAUCACCUCUGUGCUCAGCAACGCGUACGGAUCUCUGCACGACGUGCGCACGGCCAAUCUGAUCCGCAGGGGUCUCGUGCUCUUCACCGUGGCUUUCCUGGCCCUGGUGCUCAACUUGCUGCAGAUUCAGAGAAAUGUCACCUUGUUUCCCGAGGAGGUGAUGACAACUUUGUUUUCGUCUGCCUGGUGGAUCCCUCCGUGCUGCGGCACAGGGGCCGCUGUGGUUGGUCUGCUGUAUCCGUGCCUCGACAAACACCUGGGAGAGCCGCACAAGUUCAAGAGGGAGUGGGCCAGCGUCAUGAGGUGCAUCGCAGUGUUCGUGGGCAUCAACCACGCCAGUGUUAAGCUCGACUUCGACAACAACGUGCAGCUCUCCCUCACGCUGGCGGCUCUAUCUCUGGGUCUCUGGUGGACGUUCGAUCGGUCCAGGAGCGGCUUCGGGUUGGGCAUCACCACCGCCGUCCUCGCUACCGUGUUCACGCAGCUGCUCGUCUACAACGGAGUCUACCAAUACACGUCUCCGGACUUCCUGUAUGUGCGCUCCUGGCUCCCGUGCAUAUUCUUCUCAGGCGGAGUUACCGUGGGGAACAUCGGACGCCAGCUCGCCAUGGGCGGCGUGGAGAAACCCCACAUGGACUGAACGCAGCACAAAGAAGAGAAAGAAGGACAGGCGAAUUAAAGAUGGACACGUUACGUGAAGAAGGAGAGAACAGGAGGAAAGAGACUCUGAUUAGACUUCGUCCUCAUAACAAAGUGCCAUGCACCUCCUUGUGGCCAAACCUCCAUCGAGACAGGAGGACGGUGUUUUGCCUUUUCUUUGAUUUUGAAGUGUUUUAUUUCCCCGCUGGAAGCAUCUUCCUGAGUGGAGGUGUUGAUGCACCUGGACUUGGUGCAAAAGACUAUUUCUGUUGUUAUUUUUAAUAUAUAUAAUCAUAAAAAGGGAAUUGUACGAGUGGGCGAAACAGAUGUCCUCACUCUCUCUCAGUGAAAUGUAUUCAGUUGAAGCGCAGGGAGAUGUGUGUUCCCAGUUUAACCAAAUUAAGUAUUUAUUUUUGAAUGACCCCAAACCAAAUAUGGAAGUAUUCCUUUAAAGUGACGAUGGUGGAUAGAAUAGAGAGACAGGAAGUAUGUAGAGGAGUGACAAUUAGUCUUUACAGGCUGUGACUCACCUGCGUAAAUUCAAUAUGCUACGAGUCAAAAAGCUCACAAUUCAAGUUCCUCAGAGAAGUCGCAUUGACCCUUGAAUGGUAUAUUUACACCAUACAAUUAUUGGAAAACGGUGGAGGAUGAGGAGGGCCACGUGUGACGUGUUUGGGGAGAUCUGACCAAAAGAGAUUUUAUUUUGUUUGGAAUUCUGAGAAAAAAAGUUGGAAAUCUAAGAAAGUCGGAAUUCUAAGAAAAAAAGUCGGAAUUCUGAGAAAAAAAGUUGGAAUUUCGAGAAGAAAAGUUGGAAAUCUAAGAAAGUCGGAAUUCUAAGAAAACAUUUAGGAAUUCUAAGAAAAAGUCGAAAUUCUAAGAAAAAAAGUUGGAAAUCUAAGAAAAAAAAUUAACAGAAUUCUGAAAAGAAUAUCAGAUUUUCAGAAAAAACUAUUUUUUCCCUGCAAAAUCCUCACUUUUGGGCCCUAAUCCUCCUCCAUAUAAAACCAUUUUUAGUUAUUAAGUUAUGGACAGAGUCAGAGCAUUAUUCUGGAGGUAAUGUACCGGGAGUAAAGUACUUUUGCCACGGGUAAACCGGUUGAAACCGCUCUCCGGUGAGUUUAGUUUUGGGAACAUACGGCGAUGAAGAAGACAUUAAGAUUUGCAGUCUGUGAUUGCCUGUGUAUUAUAGAACGUAGUGCUUUUGUCACUAUAACCAUUUUAGUUUCAUCAUUUGUACAAACACGACAUUAUUGCUCAUGUAAAAUGGAUUUCCUUGUGAGACAGGUAUUACUGCCACACUAGACCUACAGUAUGUUAGUCAGCGAGGAUUAAGUGCAAUCAGAGUAUUCAUGAGCCCAUUUAUUUAUUAUUUCUGACAAGUAUAUGCAGUGUGGAUACCGAAACAAUAACAUGGUUCAGAGAUUAGAGUCACAUGCCUUCAGAGUCAAAACCAAUGACUCUCACAAGAGAGGAAACAAUAUAUUGUGUCAAAACAAUUGUCAUCAUAGAAGGAAACCAUACUUUUUUAAACAUUUUGUGGCGGAUCACUUCGAUCUGCUCACAUUCAGGUGUGUUAUUCUGGAGAGGAAGCUUUAUUUUUGGAGGUGGUGAAGCACCUUUGGGAUGUUUUAGGCGUUUGUGUGUCUGAUAUUUCAGCGGUGUAUCAUUUUUUGCUACCAUGGAUUUAAGUGAAAAAUAAAAACACCUCAUAAGGA